AUGACGGUGAUGUUGAAAAAUGAUCACAGCAGCAAAAAUAAAAAUAAUUCUACAAAGAACGUUCUAAGCAUAGGCAGGAGUCUCGCGAACAACAUAAACAACGUCCAGAACAUGAACCUGGACAACGCUUUUGAAAUGUUAAACCCUCCUCUUAGGAACAAAUUAAAUGGCAAUUACGCGAACAAUUACAGUCUCAACAGGCAUGGCGACCAUGCAAGAUACUUAGCGAUCCUUUCGUUGAGGAACAUUUUAUACAACACUGCGACAUCAUCGACGACAUCCUUCCAGGCGACAACAGCCACAACCACACAUGCCACAUCCGCUUGUAGCAUUCAGAUAAGAGCGAAGAUAGGGCAGACAAUCGUUGUCACUUCAUAUUUGAGACCAACAUUUUAUAUCAACAGUCAGCAACAUCAACAAAACCAGCAACAAUCACAACAUCAACAAACUUUUGCAACGAGUUUCCAAAGUUUUAACAACUCCACAGCAAAAGGUAACUCAUCGUCAUCGGAUGUUCUAAACACAAACAACGAUUUGCCUUCAAUUGACUUCCUACGAUCCUGGUUAUUUACUGUAGCCCAAAAUAAAUUUCAAUCACAAACAGCAUCAACAACAAAAUUUUCAACAUUCUCAAACUGUUUUUCUACAAUAUUGCUAGUUGACGGCAACACAAAUCACCUGAUGAAUUCUUGUUCCGGCAACAAAAUGACGUCACAAAGAAAAGACCAGUUUAAGUCGCGGUCACAUGAAAUUAACAUAACUCUGUUGCCAACUGCUUACCGAGACAACUACAACACUUACAUCACCAACAGCAAUCACAAUCACAACAACCACAACAAUCAUUACUACAACUACUACAGCUACAACAACGACGACAACAACCACGCUGUGAACGGUAAAAAUAAUUACAAAAAGUUCAACAUCGAUAUGAACAGCAUUAAGUUUGGCAAUAACGCUCAGCAUCAACAACAUCAUCACCAACAACAACAACAACGUCAUCAACAACAUCUACCACAACAUCUACCACAACAGCAGCCGGAGCAGCAGCUACAACAUCAACUUCAAUCACCGGAGAUAACGACAGAUUGGUUCCUCCUAAUCAAAUUGGAAGUCCAAACGUGUUGUAGCAACUUUUUAUGCCCAGUUGGCACCAAAAGUAAGUUAGCAUCAUCGUUUGAGACGCAAAUCACGUAG